AUGGAGAGAGUGGAUAAACAUACAAGCGGCUCGGCGCAGAAACCCGCCCUUUCAGUUCUCCGCAUCGCGCUUUCGGAGAACACCCGAACCUCCGAUUUCCAUAUCCCCCACGACUUCGAUCCUCAAUUUCUCUUCCUCGCUAACUGUAUAGCUUCAAUUUUUCUCAAAAUGGCUUCCAUCCGUGCCAAUUGCCGCAAGAUUAUGUGUAUCGGCCGUAACUAUGCCGAUCACAUUACCGAACUCAACAAUGCCACCCCCAAGCAGCCAUUCUUCUUCCUCAAGCCCGUAUCUUCCAUCCUCCUUCCCGGCGCAGGGCCCGUUCUGCGUCCCAAGGGCGUCAGCUUGCACUAUGAAGUCGAGUUGGGUCUGGUAAUUGGCAAGACCGUGCGCGAUCUCGAUCCGAAUGAUGAGCAGGGCGCAUUGGACGCUAUUCAGAGCUAUAUCCUCGCCAUCGAUAUGACCGCCCGCAACGUACAAGACGAGGCCAAGAAGAAGGGUCUUCCCUGGUCCAUCGCCAAGGGCUUUGACACCUUCUGCCCUAUCUCGCAGGAGAUUCCCAAGUCGCGCAUCCCCAACCCGCACGACGCAUUCCUGCGCCUCAGCGUUGGCCAGACUGAGCGCCAGGCAGACUCGACAAGCUUGAUGCUGUACCGCAUUCCCCAGCAGCUGGCACAGAUCUCGCGCGUGAUGACCCUUGAGAAGGGUGAUAUUGUCCUUACUGGCACACCCAAGGGUGUUGGACAGGUCAAGGCGGGUGAUAUUAUGAGGGCAUCGAUUGAGGUUAACGGCAAGGAGAUCGAGGAGGGACAAAUUGAGGUUGAGGUGCAGGAUCGGGAGGGUCGAUAUGAGUUCAAGGAGACUUAG